AACGCUGUUUAGACCAGGUUACCGUCAAGUCGCAGUUCGACUUCAUAGGGGGCAGUCGGCAGGCGCUUGACAGUUCAUUCCGCAAGAUAAAAUAGAUCCGUUCGUGCUUUAAUUGUAGUAUAAUUCUUUAUUAUUUUAUGCUACUAAACAGUAUCUUUAAAAUGAACAGUCCAGAAAAUAGCCACUCAAAUGUAACAAUUCAAAAUUUAGUGACACAACAGAGGGAAACGGCGAAAAGGAUGGUGCAUGAAUACUGGACAGCGGCACGGUGACACUGCUUAAUCGAAAGGGGAGUUGUUUGGGGGAGAUAAAAGAAGACGAAAAGGGCUGAAAAUAAAGCUUAGAGCAGCACGGGACUCGAAUUAAUUAUUUAUAAAUAUAAGGAGGAAAACGAAAUAUCUGACAAUGCCUGGGAUGAUGGGAAGAGGGUCUGAAUACCUGGGCAAAGGACGUUCAAACGGGACGAAGAGCCCCUCUAACGCCUCGAAUGGACAUUUUUCUGACGAGAGUGGCAGCGACGACGAGCAUGAUGUUGGAAUGCGAGUGGGGUCCGAGUAUCAAGCUAGCAUUCCAGAAUUCGAGCUAGGUGCUACGAAGUACAGCGACAAAGACGGGGGGGGCAUGCUUGUCUGGUCUCCCGUCCAUACCAUCGUCGACACAAAAUUGGAUGAAUACAUUGCCAUCGCCAAAGAAAAACAUGGAUACAAUGUUGAGCAGGCUCUGGGGAUGCUGUUCUGGCACAAGCACAACAUUGAGAAAUCCCUGGCCGACCUUCCCAACUUCACUCCGUUUCCCGAUGACUGGACCAUGGAGGACAAGGUCCUCUUUGAGCAGGCCUUCAGUUUCCACGGGAAAAGCUUCCACAGGAUUCAGCAAAUGCUACCAGACAAACCAAUAUCUAGUCUGGUGAAAUACUACUAUUCUUGGAAAAAGACACGGUCCAGAACGAGCCUGAUGGAUCGUCAGGCAAGAAAGCUGGCGAACAGAAAUAAUCAGGACGAAAGUGAUGAAGACAUGGAAGAGGCCAUUCCGCUUGAGCCCAAUGACAGCGAUUAUGAUCCGACCAAGGAGAAUAAAAAAGAGAGUCGCGCCGAGCCGCCCGCCCAGCCGGCGAAGAUCGGGUUGGGCCGCCGGGAGUACCAGACGCUCCCGCACCGGCACCACUCGCAGCGCUCCAAGUUCCGGCCGCCCAAGGGCAUGUACCUGAGCCAGGAGGACGUGCUGGCCGUGUCCUGCAGCGCCAGCGCCCCCAGCGCCGUGCUCAAACACCUGGACAUGGAGCUGGUGUCACUCAAACGCCAGGUUCAAAAUGCCAAACAGGUUAACAGCGGCCUGAAGCAGAAGAUGGAAGCAGGUAUAGAUGACUUAAGGCUGCCGGAGUGUACCCAGAAGAUUAAUGCCCGCUGGACAACCGACGAGCAGCUUCUCGCAGUUCAAGGUGUUCGGAAGUACGGGAAAGACUUCCAAGCUAUUGCCGAUGUUAUCGGUAAUAAGACCGUUGGGCAGGUAAAAAACUUCUUUGUGAACUACCGUCGGCGCUUUAACUUGGAGGAGGUGCUGCAGGAGUGGGAGGCGGAGCAGGGGACGGGAUCCCUUGGAGGUGACGGCGCCCCCUCUGGGGAGGAGGGGAAGAACAGGUCCAACACUCCGUCAGGGAAGAGUACCGACGAGGAGGAAGAAGAGGGCCGGAUGACCCCCCCGUCAGGCUCCUCCGCCUCAGCCCAGGCUCCGCCCACCCAGCCGCCCGCGACCGGCGCGGCCCCCCCGAACCUGCCCCCCCCUCUGCUGCGGCCGCCCCUCCCCGCCACCCCCGCCCUGCACCGCCAGCCCCCGCCCCUCCAGCAGCAGGUCCGCUUCCUGCAGCCACGCCCCGCCCCCAACCAGCCCCCCCCGCCCCUCAUCCGCCCCUCCACCCCCCUGCCCCCCCGCCUGAACCCCCGCCCCGCCAUGCCCUUCGCCAGCGGCCAGCUGCCCCCCCCCACGCUGAUCGGGGUCCAGGGCCGGCCCCCGUCUCCUUCUCUUCUGUGAGAGGGGGCGUGGCCUAAAACAACUUCCGUUUAUGUACGAUAGAUUUAUAAUAUAUUAUUAACAUAUUCAGUAACUUAAAUAUUCCCAGUCUUAAAAAAGAAAGAUGUUUGCUGCUAGCUUACCUCGCUCUUGUUUUUGUAAAUUUGUAAGUCUGUCCUCCAUGUAGAAUUUGUGUUAUUUGUCCUGAGUGAGUUUUAUUUUAAUUUUAUUUUUAUUUGAAAAAAUGUUCUUAAUACUCUUACGUUGUCUUCAAAUUUGACUAAACUAUUAAGUACAGACUUUUAUAAGGUUCUUGAAAUGAUUUUCGUCCCAUUUUAUAAAAUGAACUGGGAAUGCAUUUUAAGUUCCAGGUUGAUUGACUGUUGCUGUGAAAUGGAUGUGUCCAGAUCAGCAUUAAAAAUGCAGAAUAGAGCAGCAUGCACUUCUACAGUAUAGGCAUUAGUGUGAGUGUGUAAACUGAAUAUUUGUUUUUGAAGUAGAUUUUAUUUGCUCAAGAGGACUCAUUUCUUUAAAAUAAAAAUGAAUAGUUAUUUAUCUUGUACAUACAAACAGUAUUUUUCUAUAAGAUGUGUGGACUCCUGGGUAGUUCCAGUAGUGUGCAGAUUACUUGUCACCAUAAAAGUGCUCUUAAAACAUAUUUUAAAACAUCAGUUAUUGUUUAUUUAUUUUAUUACAUAGAAUGAGAAAGACUUUGCUUCUGGACUGUUCAUAGUGGAAAACCGGCUUGUAAUUUUAAGAGAUGGCAUUGUUGGCCAUUUGAUCGUGUUUUGGUGGUUAUUGUUACCUCUGUUAUUACAAGAGAACGAUGCUGCAGAAAUGAGCUCUUUAUUGGUUCUGUUUCCAGGUGCUUUGAUUCUUUUACAUUUAGUCUCAUCCAGCCUUGGGCUAGGAUGCGUACGAGGACUUCCAGAUGGGUUUUAACGCGUGUGAAGUGCGGUUUGUGGAAGGCUUGCAGGUUAUUGUGAAAGGGAGUGAACAGUGAAAAGGUGGUAGAAACUAGAGGCUUUUUUGUUAUUUGUAUUUUGUAUGAAAUGUACCAUUUUUUUAAUUUAUCGGAGUUUUACCUCAAAACAACUUUUUAUAUUACUUGGAAUGUAUAUUUAUUUUUCAUGUAGUGUUUGUAAGAUGUUAAUUUCUUAAAUUAUAUUCAUUUUGUAUUUUGUGGACAAAAACCUUAAAUAAUUUGUCUUAAAUCGUCCUGUUUAAACAGACAUGAAUCGUAAUUUUAGCACUUUUUAGCCUUUAAAUUCAGUCUAUGGGUUACCUGUGAAACAGAAAGAAACAUGUUUUCUACUAUAAAAAAAAACAUUUGCAUGUUGUACAUAUGUAUUAAGUAUCCAUGUUUAGACACACACACAGACACACACAAACACACACACAGACAAACACACACAGACACACACACAGACACACACAAACACACACACACACACAAACACACACACAAUUCCAAUGUUUUUAUGAAUUAGUUUGUUUUCCCAUCUCCUGAGAUUUCUGUUGAAUUUCCAAAGAUGAAAAAGAUGCCUCCCGUAGCUUAAAAACACACCCAGAUUAGUGCAGUUUGACGGGAACGUGUUGUACCAGUGUGUUGUUCUGUGAGUACUUGUGACAUUACUGUAAUAGAUCUUGAAGGUUUAAAGACUUGUAAUUCAAAUGAUGUUGUGCUUUAUAGUGGUUGUCACUACCCUAUGUCUUUAGGCAAAGAAACUUCUCCCUACAGAGGUAAAAUACAUGGUUUGGUUUUGCCUUGUCAGUCAGCUGAACAUGAUCAUUCAAAGUCAUGUGCUGCAGUUGUUUAUUAUUCAGCUCUUUUCUUUAAAAACAAUUCAUAAAAAGUAUUGUGCAGUGGAUGUUUAUAUACAUAUUUAUGCUGACCGAUGGUUCUGUGGUUGUGUGUUGGUUUUCAUAACAAAAGAUUAAACAAGAGUUUUUGCCUCAGA